GAACAAAUCAUAAAUCAUAUAAAAAAUAGAAAAUACUGAUUUGAAAAAAAAACCAUAAAAUGCUGAACCGCAAGUGACCUGCGGUUGGACCAUGGCUGAACCGCAAGUGACCUGCGGUUGGACCAUGGCGGAACCGCAAGUGACCCGCGGUUCCCAUUUUUUGUGUUUUUUUUAGUUUUUCAGUUAAUGUAUUUACCUCGUCGGAUUCUCUACUCAUGAUUCAGACAUCCUACCGACGAUAUCGGCUUCAAAAUGACGAUGAUGGAUUUUUCUCUCCUUAGAUAGUGUUUUUUUAGUCCAAGUGGUGUUUGUUUGAUAAAGGGAAGGUAAAGAAGUUAGGGGGUUAUAAGUAUAACUUUAAUACUUUUUAGUGCGACUUUUAGCAAUUUUAAGGGCGACCUUUAGCAGAUAGAUUUAGGGGUGUACAUGGGUCGGGUGGUCCGGGUUUAGACAUUUUAAUCACCCGACCCAUGCACUGCGGUUUGGUAAAUAUUCAACCCAAACCCACCCAAAAAAAUCGAAACCCUACGGUUUGUUUCUAAUUGGGUUGGGUUGGGUCGGGUUGGCGAUAUUUUUAAGUAAAAACCCAACCCAACACAAAAUAUGUAAUUAUUCUACAUCAUAAAAAUAUUUUAUAACAAAUUAAAAAUUCAAACGAAUAAACCGAGGUGAAAGGUAUCAAAAUUCACAAAUAUUGUUUGAAUUUUUAAUAAAACUUGAUUUACUUCAACUUAGGUCUAGUUUUUUUCACGACAUUUGUUGAAAUAGGCUAAAAAGGUUACAAAUGAACGCAUCCAUAAUAUGAUAUUCUUUUAAAAUUGUACGCAAGAAAAAAACAUUACGUGAAUCAUAGCUAUAUUAAAUAUAUGUCUAAACUUUAAGUCGAAGAAUGCAUUAGAUUAGUGAGACUUUAAGAGAAAAACAUGGCGAAAUAUCUUAAUUUUCUGAUAAGUAUGACUAUAUACGAGUAUACGACAUAAAUAUUUUUUGGAUACAAACUCAUACCAAUAAUUGGAACACGGGUUGGGUCGGGUUCUACGGGUUGUGUAAUCCAAAAUCCAAACCCAACCCAAAAGAGGCGGGUUGUACAAAAGAAAACCCUCACCCAACCCAAAACCUUCGAUUUAGCGAUAAAUACGGAUAGGUUGGGUCGGGUUGGACGGGUGGGUUGGUUUGCGGGUGUGUUUGUUCACCCCUAGAUAGAUUAGGUCAAGUGUUAUAAUUUAAAAUCUAUAUGUUUGAAUUCCAUAUAUAAUAGUUGAGAACAUACGAGCGGGGCUAGAAUGAAAGAUCGAAAGAAUUGGGCCCACCGCGGCAAACUCUUUGUUUGCUGUGGCCCAAUUGCAAUUUACCAAAACCCGCCAUCAAAACUCAAAAGGCCCAUUUAAUAUUCCCUGUGGCGGUUCAUGUCACGAAUUUUGUGUAAAUCUAAACAAGUUUGGGAUCUUGGGAGACGGUGGGGGAUUCCGAUUCAUAGUUAUCGUCGACGGAGGGUGAGAAAACACACCGGUGAGUGGAGAGAGUCUGACGGGAUGUCGUCGAGAGGUGCAUGGGGAAGAGCGACGGGCAACGUGAGGUCGUUCGUGGGGAACUGUAUGGGAGGGCUUAGAGGCGGAACCAGUGUCGCUUCCUGGAUUGUCGCCGGAUCCAUUGCCUACUAUCUCUGGGUGAAGCCUUCCCACGACCUCCGCCGUCAGCAGCAGGAAAGGGUCGCUCUAGAGAAAUCCAGAGAUCAAUCCUGAAUCGCAAGCUACUGAUGCCUGCUUCACUGCGUAAUUCUUUCUUUUUGGUUCUUUUCAGCAAUUGUGAUAUCAAUUGCCGGAUAAUAAUUAGGUUUACUGCUUUAGUUGCAGAGUUGAGCUAGCUACCUAGUAGAAUUGAAUUGGGUCGAAUUCCCUUUCUGGUUUACUUUUUUUGCCCGUAAAGAUGCAGCCUUGCUUCUCAUAAUGUUUCGUUCUUGUAAAUUUCAGAACUUGCAGAUUCGUGUACACGUAGCAGGACUGAAGCAAAACCAGUUGGAAGGAUCAUCUGCCUAACAUUAUGUGACUCGAGUUAUAUCUUUUUGUUUGUAAUGCACAUUCUUUAUACUGCUGAUUAUGAAAUCCAUGGUUCUCCUGGAAAGAUUAUUUGAGGUUUUGUAUUCCAUAUGUAUGUAUGUGUUUACAGAAGAGCAUGGCCCUAUAUUUGGGAAAAGCAUUGGUUGAUCAUGUACUGUUACUUUGUGGGUAUGCUACUAGUUUGGUGGGUUCUAGGCAAAGAUUUGAAUAAUACUCUUUUCCACCUGAUCAGGAAAAAAGAUUUGAAUCGUACUCUUUUAUGUGGUUUCCUUCAUAGCCUGAGGAGAUUGCUGUCAGUAGUAAGUUGUGCAAGUUGUGCAAGUUGUUUUGAGGAUAGCAGCGAAUUCACGAGUUGCUUAUAUCUCAAUCUGUUGAUGUAUACCUAGUUGCUUCUUUUGCUGCUAGCAGCAAACUAGAUUUUGUCUUUGGAUGCUGAUUGCCUUAGCAGAGCCUCAGUUCCUUAUGUUUGUUUGAUACUGUUCUGUGGUGGGAAGAAGGCAAUCUUGAAAUCUAGAGAGCAGUUUCACAAGUUGAAUGUGCUCAAUGUUUAUGUCUCUCUGAGCGUUGGGCUAUUUCUGUAAAGCUGAAAUUGUAGACUAUCCAUUUACGUCAUGCUCCAACCGUAAGCGAACCUAGCCUCCCAGCUUGAUAUCAGCUGUCCAUAGCCUGGUUCAGUUGGACAAACAUAUGGAGAAAUCAGGUAAGCACCAAAUAGAGAACACCUCCCAAGUGCUGCACAAGGAAACAUUAUCUGAUACAGGAACUUACUUGAGGCAGUUCAGUGGUUCUCCACAGAUUUUGUAAGGGCUUGCAUUCCUCCCUUCCCUAUGAAAAAGCUUCACUGUCGGUCAUUGAAUGCCGCCCUCUCCUCUUCUGUCCCUGCAUCGUCAGCAUCCCCCAUCUGCAUAUGCAUUCAUUCACAUCACCAGAAAGGAACUCCAUCCACAAAAGGGUAAGAGCUGCUUUGGUUGAAUUUUUGAACUUUACUUCGAUGUCAGUCAGUCGAUACAAUCUUGGAUUUUGCUGAAGUUUGGUGCUCUGAUCUAUAAGUGGUAUGCCUUCUGAGUUCUGAGUUGUUGAUGAUGACGAAUCCGAGUCAGUAGCAAAUUUGGUUGUCAGCAGGAGGUAAGAAGACGGCUAUUUCAUCACCCGUACCAAUGGUGGCAACAGGCUGUGAGACACUGGGAAAGUCGUCAAGUGUGUCUGGUCCCCUUUCCUCCGUUCAGUGCCGGUGGUGUGGGCCGUCCGGUGAAUGAUUAUUGUAAUAAUAAUGGAGAGCGUGGGAGCGUGAUCCGUGAAGAAGUAGCAGCAGCGGGUGAUGAAUUAUUAAAAUAUACAGUUUGGAUCGAAUUGCUUUGUCUUUGCCUUUUUCCACUCCUUGAACGCUAGAUAUUCAGGUGGGAAAGCAAAUAAGAAAAACAAUAUCAACCCCAAAAAAAAAAAAAAAGCCAAUGGUCCUGUGCAAUGGUCCUUUUUCAAAGGGAGGGUGGAAGAAGUGAUAUAUGACUCUUGAUGGAGGGGGUGUGCAAUGGUCCUGUACUUACCGGACCACAUCGAAUCAAAUCGAAGUUUGUACUGGAUCGCAUCGGAUCGAGUAUAAUGCGGUCCGGUCCUUGGUCCAUAUGAAUUUUACAAUUACUAAAGAAAUGAUGGAUCGAGCUGAUAUUUGGACCGAACCGAACCAAAUGGACCGAAUGCAAUGAUGACCCUGUCCUUGGUUCUACAAUGUCUUUUAAUAAUGGACCACGGUUCUCAUGAGUUUGGUCUAGUCCGGACCGGACCAAACCGUUGCACACCCUAGGAGGGAUCAAAUUACCUACAUGCGAGACCCAAUUAUAGUUUCUUUUUCUUCAUCAAAGAGUCUUAAGUCUUCCUUUGUUCUCGACCACACUGUGCGAUUCUCCUCCGCGACUAAAAAUUUCACGAGAUUAUGAACUAACUCAUUCCUACUUCCUCACUUAAUUGCCACUUACGAGAUCAUCCCGCCACCUGUUUGCCACACGAAUGGGGCAUUCUUCGUGACAAUCAACCACUACGUCUCGAGAAGCUCGAUGGUCGUGAUCAUCGUCGACGCUGAUAGUGACUUCUCUCUUCCGUAAUAUGGAAGCUAAGUCAUCCAAUACUCUCUCUUUCCUGGUUGAGACUUACGACAAGGAAACUCCUAUUACGAUGUCAUAUCAUCACAACAACAACAAAAAAACAUGUGUUAGUGAAAAAUAAAAAGGAUUGUGGUAACGCUAAUUAAUGUAUACAAAUCAG